UAAAACUUUAUUUUAUGCUAGUUUUAUUAUUUUUAUUCAGUUCAUCAAAAUGUUUCGCCUUCACUGCCUACUUCUGCUGAUUACAGUCGGAGGACUGCAUGCAGGUAUUGAGAUAUCAAGAGAAAAAUGUCAAUGGAGAGGAGCAUUCUACGGAGACUUCAGCAAAUGUGACGGGGACGAGAUAACGGUUGGAGCUUGUGGAUCUGGGAAAAGUUCAGACUGUGGAGAAAACAUGUGGACUUCAGUUUAUUGUUGUGCCUUUGAAGGAUUCUACUAUGGAAACUGUGAGUUGCAAUCCAGCGUUGAGUAUGGAGUACCUUUAUCCUGUAUUGAAGACAAUGUUUCCGCUCAUAUAGCUGAGGCAAUGUGCGGGUCUGGAACUCGCCAAGAUUGUCAAGGAUAUAGCCAUCGGACAGAGUGCUGCGAAGGACAUGUCAACGGUGAACUGGUGGGAUCCAGUGGACAAUGUGCUUGGAAGUAUACUCAUAACUGGGGAGAACAGCUGGUUUGUGGACGGUCAGAUGAAGCGGUUAUGGGCAUAUGUGGGUCUGGAGGAGAUAGGGACUGUCCAGGGGAUUCUUCUCAUGGUAUUCUCUGUUGUGAACUUGUUCUUCUACAAUAGUGAUCAUUAGAAAUAUUGUAAAAUGAAGUGACUGUAUUAGCAUAAUUUAAAGUGACCCGAUAUACAAAAAUAGCAAUGCUCAAUUUACAAAUGUAAUCUGAUCAAAAAUCUUGUUUUUCUUACUCAAAAAGUGUUUUUUUUUCUUAAAAUUUCUCUAUUGUUUCUUAUAUGCAAGAAAUGAGUAAGUCACUUUUGCAGAAAAAUCCCAAAUUAACAUAAACAGCUUAAAUGAAUAUAAUCAUGCAUAUCCAAUUCACACUAGAUCAGAUAAAGCUUUUGAGGGCGCUGUUGUUAAUCAGGCAUUGUCAUCUAUGCAUGAACGGUGGAUAGAAAUUACGCUUACAGUCUCUUUCUUAAAGUUUUCCCAUAAAAAUGCAACAAUGAUGAUUAAAGAAUAUUUAUGAUUUUACAAUAUAAAUUGAAAGUUGAAGCA